GUCCCCGCGCAGAGCGGGGAGACAGGUGGAGGGGAGCCGAUCCCUGAGCCGCGCUCUCGGCCCCACCAUGGGCAACAGCGCGGGCCGCAGCGACUUCGAGUGGGUCUACACGGACCAGCCGCACACGCAGCGGCGCAAGGAGAUGCUCGCCAAGUACCCGGCCAUCAAGGCCCUGAUGCGGCCGGACCCUCAUCUCAAGUGGCUGGUGCUGGGGAUGGUGCUGGCGCAGCUGCUGGCCUGCUGGCUGGUGCGGGGCCUGGCGUGGCGCUGGCUGCUCUUCUGGGCCUACGCCUUCGGGGGCUGCGUGAACCACUCGCUGACGCUGGCCAUCCACGACAUCUCGCACAACACGGCCUUCGGCACUGGCCACCCUGCCCACAACCGCUGGUUCGCCAUCUUCGCCAACCUGCCCUUGGGUGUGCCCUACGCCUCCUCCUUCAAGAAGUACCACGUGGAUCACCACCGCUACCUGGGCGGCGACGGGCUGGACGUGGACGUGCCCACACGCCUCGAGGGCUGGCUCUUCUGCACGCCGGCCCGCAAGCUGCUCUGGCUGGCGCUGCAGCCCUUCUUGUACUCGCUGCGGCCGCUCUGCGUGCACCCCAAGCCCAUGACCCGCAUGGAGGUGUUCAACGCCCUGGCGCAGCUGGCGGCCAACGCCACCAUCUUCACCCUCUGGGGGCUCAAGCCCAUGGUCUACCUGCUGGCCAGCUCCCUACUGGGCCUGGGCCUGCACCCCAUCUCGGGCCACUUUGUGGCUGAGCAUUACAUGUUCCUCAAGGGCCACGAGACCUACUCCUACUACGGGCCCCUCAACUGGAUCACCUUCAACGUGGGCUACCACGUGGAGCAUCACGACUUCCCCAGCAUCCCGGGCCGCAGCCUGCCCCUGGUGCGGAAGAUCGCGCCCGAGUACUACGACCACCUGCCCCAGCACUACUCGUGGGUGAAGGUGCUCUGGGACUUUGUGUCCGAGGACUCCCUGGGGCCCUACGCCAGGGUGAAGCGGGUGUGCAAGCUGGCGGAGGACGGCCUGUGAGCCUGACGGCCGGCGCCCCG